UGUGUGUGUGUGUGUGUGUGUGUGUAGAUCUGGCGUGUCGAGGGGUCAGAGAAAGUUCCCGUUGACCCGGCGAUGUUCGGUCAGUUCUACGGAGGAGACAGUUACAUCAUCCUGUAUAAGUACAGACACGACAACAGACAGGGAUCCAUCCUCUACACAUGGCAGGGGGCAGACUCCAGCGUGGACGAGGUGGGGACGUCGGCCCUCCUGACGAUCCAGCUGGACGAUGAGCUGGGGGGGGCGGCCGUCCAGGUGCGCGUGGUGCAGGGCAAAGAGCCCGCCCACCUCAUGAGCCUCUUUGGGGGCAAGCCAAUGGUGGUGUACAGGGGCGGGACAUCCAGAGAGGGCGGCCAAUCAGAGGGGGCCGACACCCGCCUGUUCCAGGUCCGAGCCAAUACGGCGGGAGACUGCAGAGCUGCGGAGGUGAGUCAGGAUAACCAUGCUCAUUUUGGUCCAUGA